AUGUCGAUUCUAUUUUACUUUGGAGGGCUUGCCUCCUUCGCCAUCGUUGCCGUUCUGGUGGACUAUGCCCUGAGGGCCAAGAACAAGAAGGUCUUUGAUAAGGAUCAUUUCUACAGCCUCGGUGUCAACACCCUCGGCGGCAAGCCCUUCCCGCUGCAGGAUCUCAAGGGCAAGGUCGUCGUCGUCGUCAACGUGGCCUCAAGGUGCACUCUGACCCCGUGGCAGUAUCCCGAUCUCGAGAAGCUGCAUCAAAAGUACAAGGACCAGGGCCUGGUCGUGCUGGGAUGUCCCUCCAACUCGUUCCGGCAAGAACACCGCGAAACCGACGCCAUCCAGCAAUGCCAGCGCAACUUUGGCGUGUCGUUCCAGAUCCUGGAGCGCAUGAAGGUGGCCGGACCCGAGAUCAACCCGCUCUUUGUAUUCCUGACAAACUCGUUUCCGGGACUGUUCGGAUACAGGAAUGUGCUCUGGAACUUUGAAAAGUUUGUUGUGAAUCAAGAGGGCCAAGUCGUCGGCCGCUUCUUGCCUGCUACCCCCGUGUGGCUCAUGGACUCGAUGGUAUCCAAGCUGCUCUCCAAGGACAAGAGCGAGUGA